AUGGAUCUCCGCAGAGUCAAGAAUGAAGAAAAGUUGGUACUGUGUAAAAAGUACUUUUUGGCUGGAUUCUUCAUCCUCCCAUUCUUAUGGUUUGUCAACAGCCUUUGGUUUUUCAGUGAAGCAUUCUGGAAGCCUCCAUACCCAGAACAGAAAACAAUACGUUCAUAUGUGAUCUGGUCAAUUGUUGGUACACUAGUGUGGAUGGCCCUUAUCGUCACGUGGGUGGUCGUAUUUCAGGUCAACAGGGCAUCAUGGGGCAUCACUGGUGAACAGCUGUCAUUUAUCAUUCCUUCUGGAAUGGCUUGA